AUGAUUUCCAACGUCCUUCCAAUCGUUGCUCUUGCCGGUGCGGCCAUGGCUACUUGCCCUCUUUCCCUUGAGAUUACCGGCACGACCGAUCACGUUGCUACAGUUGCAGUAACCAACACUGGAAGCGAAGCUGUUACUGUUUUCAAGGGCAACACUGUGCUCAGCGAACACAACACCAUGGAUCUCUUGGUUGCUGAUGCUGGUAAGAAUUAUUUCUCUGUGAAGUGACUAGAGUUGCGUUUCGGAAAAUUGGUUGUGUAAGAAUGAGUCUGUAAGCCUCAUUAUGUGGAAGCGAUCAUCUUGCUCGGAGUCGGUUUAUUGAAACUCGGGUCCAUUCCUUCAGCAUGUUAUAGAAUCUGAAUUUUGGCUAAUGUCACAAAUAGCUGGUGCUGCUCUUCCUUUUGAGGGCGUCUACGUCAACUACAAGAAGAGUGACCUCAGUGCUUCUUCUUACCAGACUCUCAAGCCAGGAGAAACCGUUACUGCUGAAGUCAAUGCCGCCAAGACCUAUAAGCUCGCUGGUAUUCAGAGUGCUGCAGUCACUGCUAUCCAAGGGUUCAAGUAUGUCAUGGGCGAGUCAAUCCCAUUCGCAUUGAAGGACAUGGAUACCGAAGCAUGUGCUGCCGUCACCUCCAACACCGUCAACAUCACUCCAGACCAAAGUGUCGUAGCUGAGUAGGUCUUCGAAACGAAAAUCAUGAAAACAAACCGCUAACAUAAGUUGAAGUGAGCACAUCUCCAAGCGAGACAUCUCCGCCGCACCAAACUCCAGAAUCGGCAAGCGAUCAGUGACAUACAGCGGCUGCAGUUCAUCCCGCCAAUCCUUACUCCAAACCAGUGUAUCCCACACCAUCACCAUGGCCAACGCAGCCUACACAGCCGCAGGAACCGGAGCCGACUACUUCACCACCUGGUUCAAGUCCACCUCUCAAGAGAGUAAAGUGCGCAGCAUCUAUACCUCCGUCGCAGGCGUGCAAAGCACCUCCCCAAGGAUCUCCUGCACAGACACCUACGGAGAUUGCUCCGGUGGCGAUGCCCUCCUCUACACCGUCCCUAGCGCCAAGGUCAUCGUUCCUUGCCCAAACAACGGGUUCUGGGGAUUCCCAGAGUACGCCAGUACUUGUGCUGAUGACGAUUAUGACCGUGCUGGAUCGAUCCUUCAUGAGGUUACUCACUUGUAUGGAACUGAUGAUUAUGCUUAUGGUCCAGCUGCCGCUAAGGCUUUGUCUGCUUCUCAGGCUGCUGCCAACGCUGACACCUACGAGAUGUAUGCUGGAAGUGUUAGACUUGGUGGAUGCAACUAG